AUGAGAGUCUCGUCACAGGAGAACGACGCGAGGACCAGUCUAGGCGGAAUCCCUCUGGACGCUGUGCUGCAGCAGCAGCGUCUCGAGCAGCAGCGUCUGCAGGCGUCGCAGCAUCCCGUGGCGGCGGACGCGCCCGUCGACGCGGCAACGUUCAUCCAGACGCUGCCGACGUCGCUGCGCACGCAGGUGCUGGCGGACAUGGACGACACCGUGCUGGCGGUGCUGCCCGCCGAGCUGGCGGCCGAGGCGCAGACGCUGCGGCGGGAGCUGGAGGCGAGGCAUCGGCAGAUACAGGAGCGCUUCUUCGGGCACGGCGCCGGUCGCCUCGGGAUGCGGUACGCGAUCCGCUCCAUGCCUCAGCGCGGCAACCAGUGGCCGUGGGGCAUGAGCGCGCGGCAGCCGCCGGCAGGGGGCGCCGGCGGCGGCGCGCUGCGGCUGAGGGGGCGCCAGCUGCUCGAUAACGAAGCGCUCGCCUGCCUCCUCGUCCUGCUGUUCGUCGACGAGCCGAAGUUGAACACGGGGCGGCUGCAUCGCGUGCUGCGCAACCUGUGCUACCACCCGCCGACGCGAGACUGGAUCGUCCGCUCUCUCCUCUCCAUCGUGCAGCGCACGGGCGACCCCCCGGGGGGCGGCGGCGUCGGCGGGGGAGGCCGCGCACACACGUCGUGGCUGUCGAUCAGCCUCGACGCCGCGCUCGGUUGCCGUGCCAACGUCUUCCAGAUCCAACGGCCGAGCGGAGGCGGAGGCAAGCGCUCGGAGAAGUGCGGCGGCGGCGGAGGAGGAGGAGGAGGAGGAGGAGGGGGCGGUGGUAGUGCCCCCACGGUGUCGAUCCACCCGCAGGCGUCGCCGGUCGUGAUUCGCCACGCCCUCGACACGCUCAUCUAUCUCACGAAAAGCUUUCCGAAUCACUUUGUGCCGACGCGCGCGCGGGAGCGUCGCGCGGCCGCCGCCGGCUCCGACUUCUGGGACCUGCUGGUGAAGCUCGACAACAUGAACGUGAACCGCAAGGGCAAGGCAUCGCUGCAUAGGUUGUACAGCACGGGCGCGGCCGACGCUGACGCCGCCGUCACCGACAUGCAGGCGUCGCCGCUCGGCCAGCUGAUGCUGAUGCUAGCGCACCCUGUGAUUCGUCGCAGCGCUCUGCUCACGGAUAAGCUGCUCCACCUGCUGGCGCUCGUCUCGUUAGGGAUACCGGACGGGAGGAGCUUACCAGCGAUGGGUGUUGAAAUGGUUCCAAGAAGCUGGAUCCGCGGAAAGGAGGGGCGAGGAGGCAGCAGCAGCCGCGGGCCAGCAGCGACGGGAGGAGCGAUCGAGGGCAUGAGUGAGGGAGCCGCGCCACGCACAAGCAAGAGUCUCAUCACAGAUCGGUACUCUGGUCAGAACAUCGUCAUCCAUGCGCCGAGCAAGGUGAAGGGCGGCCGCGAGCUGCAGCUUCCCGAUUGAGCUCGCCUAACGAGCAAGACGUCCAGCCAGGCGUUCUUCCUCCGUGUUCUCAAGGUCAUCAUCCAGCCUGCGCGAGGCGGCGAGGGUCGCAGAGCAGGGAGGCUUACCGGCACCAUGCCCCCGCGCGCUGAGAUGGCGCCGGUGUCACCACUACCGAGUCACAGUCAGAGCGUCGACUCAGCCCAGGGUUUGCUGUCGAGAGAUAGCUCUGUACAAUCCAUAGCUCCCAACCUUCCUCCAGACCAGCAGAAAUUCAUCAUGUUUGCAGAGACGCACCGCACAGUUCUGAACCAGAUCCUGCGUCAGUCUACGACCCCGCUCAGCGACGGACCGUUCUCCGUUCUCGUCGAUCACACGCGUGUUCUCGACUUCGACGUGAAGCGCCGCUACUUCCGCCAGGAGCUGGAACGUCUCGACGAGGGAACGCGCCGCGAAGAUCUCGCCGUUCACGUUCGCCGCGAGUUCGUCUUCGAGGAUUCGUUCCGCGAACUGCACCGCCGCACGGCGGACGAGUGGAAGAACCGCUUCUACAUCGUGUUCGAAGGUGAGGAGGGGCAGGAUGCCGGAGGGCUGCUCAGGGAGUGGUAUUCCAUCAUCUCUCGCGAGAUCUUCAAUCCAAACUACGCUCUGUUCUGCACGUCUCCUGGCGAUCGCGUCACAUACCUACCUAACGCAUCGUCACACUGUAACUCCAACCAUCUCGACUACUUCAAGUUUGUCGGUCGGAUCAUCGCCAAGGCGAUCUAUGACAACAAGCUGCUUGACUGCUACUUCACUCGCUCCUUCUACAAGCACAUCCUCGGCAAACUAGUCAAGCACACGGACAUGGAGAGUGAGGAUUACUCCUUCUACCAGGGUCUCGCCUUCCUCAUCGAACACAGCCCUAACGACCUUGGCUACGAACUGACCUUCAGUACCGAGGUGCAGGAGUUUGGCGUGACGGAGGUGCGGGACCUGAUACCGAACGGUCGCAACAUCCCCGUCUCCGACGAAAACAAGAUGGAGUACAUCCGCCUCGUCUGUCAGAUGAAGAUGACAGGAGCAAUCCGGCAGCAGCUGAACAGCUUCCUCGAGGGCUUCUACGACAUCAUCCCGAAGAAGCUGAUCGCGAUCUUUAACGAGCAGGAGCUGGAGCUGCUCAUCUCCGGCCUCCCCACGGUCGACAUCGACGACCUCAAGGCCAACUCUGAAUACCACAAGUACCAGAACAACUCGCUGCAGAUUCAGUGGUUCUGGCGCGCGCUGCGUUCGUUCGACCAGGCCGACCGCGCCAAGUUCCUGCAGUUUGUGACGGGCACGUCCAAGGUUCCCCUGCAGGGCUUCGCCUCGCUAGAGGGCAUGAACGGCACUCAGAAGUUCCAGAUCCAUCGCGACGACCGCUGCACCGACCGCCUGCCUUCCGCUCACACGUGCUUCAACCAGCUGGACCUGCCUACAUACGAGACGUACGACAAGCUGCGCACGAUGCUGCUCAAGGCCGUACAGGAGUGCUCCGAGGGAUUCGGCCUCGCGUAGAUGCACGUGGCGCCACCUAGUGACAACCGCCCACAACACCGGCACCACCAACCGCCCCAACACCAGCGGAGCGGGGGGAAAGCGUUGUGGGUGGGUGGGGUGGACAACUCGAUGCCUUUCAGGAGUAUUCAACGAAAAUUAGUAGACGCACGCGCACACGGCGGCGCCACCUAUUGCCACCGGCCCCAACUCACAAAACCGGCGGGGGCGGGGGCAGAAGGAGCUCGGGUGGGUGGGGUAGGAGGCUCUUAUGCCUUUCAGAAGUAUUCAACUGCCCCUAACUCGCAACACCGGCGGGGGCAGGGGCGGGGAGGGAGCUCGGGUGGGUGGCGUAGGAGACUCUAUGCCUUUCAGAAGUAUUCAACGAAGACCGUGCGCUUGCGCGGGUGAAGGUCGCGGGGUCGUUGGCGCGCGGACGAGAGAGGUUUACUCGCGUGACGUAGGUGGCGCUAGCGUCGGCGGCGCCCGUGCUCGCGAUACAACGAAUGGGGGGGGGGAGGUUUGUGAAAUACACGGAGUUAACCGUAGGUGCCGCCAAAGGGACAGCGUGACGAAAUUUCGCCGCAUUACACGCCGAAUGAAUGCGAUUUCUCGCUCGUUGCCGUGGCGAUGGCUACAACGCACGAACCCGUCGCGGUGAGAGUAGUUCAGCGACCCAGUUCAACGGCUAGAGAAGAGUAAAAUGUUUUUCGCGAGCCCCGUGUGUAGAAAAUGACUGCCCAAUUAUAACCAUAGUGCAUUCUCGCGGGGGGAACACGCUGCAUAUAGUUUGGUGCCGGGUAGUGCGUCCCACUCGUGAGGGCGAUUGUGACUCUUAUGAUAGUAAUUAUAAUUUCUACGAUCGAAAUGUAGUUGUGAUUAUAAGUGAUCGUCGCCUUGGCAGUAACGGGGCGUGGGUGUCGGAGGGAGAAAUGACGGCGCUAGCGAUUUUUCGCGACAGCUACGCGCGUCGGCGUAGCGCGUGCGAUCUAUUCGGGGAAAAGAGUUUUCGUAUCGUACUCACGCGUAAGAACGUAAUAUUCAUUGUCAACUAGUGCCUCCACCUGCCGGACAGUGUCGUAAACACCCGAGCGUUUGCGUUCGCACGGUUCCCAAUGUUUAGUGUUAAUUUUUUUUCUGUGUAAAGUUGAUAUUUUCCUCCACUAAUAGUGCAUCUAGGGUCGGGGUUGAAGGAUAUAGAAUCGUGAGGUAUGUUACCAUGGUUGCAGUUAUUAUUGUGUUAUAAUCCGAGAUAGCGCGGGAGGGCAUGCCUAGGGGGUAUCCCAAACACAGUACGUCAAGUGUAUUAGCAUCUUAAGUCCAGUAUAUUUCUCGUUGAAUUUUCAACCACAAUAAAAUUACUGUUUACAAAUG